AUGCUGAAUUGGCUGCGAGACUUUCUCAUCGACCGGAAAUUCUGCGCCCGUGUUGGCAAAUCGCUCUCUGCGGGGUAUUUCGCUCCCAGUGGGGUCUCCCAAGGCUCGGUUCUUGGUCCAUUGCUCUUUGUGGUUUAUGUGAACGAUUUGCCCGAUCAUCUGUGCAGCCCAACCCUCAUGUAUGCGGAUGACAUCAAAAUCUGGCGUAAAAUCAAGAAUCCCAAUGGUCGAAGUUCUCUUUAA